AUAAUUAUUAAUUUAUUGUUCAAGUUUUACAAGACAAAUGUAAUAUGUAGAGAAAAUUAAACUGGGUGGUAAAAUAUAUACUUUAAACUUUAUAGGGUCUACUCAGGUUUCAACCAAAGCAAUUCAGGACUCCUCACAGUCCACAAUAAAACCUGCUUCCAUUUUCCAGCCUCAGCAAUCAACGAGCUUUACUGGUCCAUCUUGUACAUGUAUGUUGAUGCUUACUUGACUGGGAUUGUUUGUGGCAUGCAUGUAAUGUGCAACUAUUUAGUUGAAAUGGGAAUCUAAGUAGUCCUUUACAACCUCGCCCAAGAAAAUUAUUGUUCCUACGUAAACAGAAGACUGAAGAAAAUUUUGCUGCUAGUAAUUCCAAAGCCUUGAUGAGGCAAGAUGAGUCCAUAAGGUCAAUAGUUCCGGCAAAACUGGCCUGUUCACACAAACUGGAAAACUGCACUGAUAGCACACUUAUCUGGAAGUGUACUGUUGGUUGGUGGAGUUUAACGUUUUCUGUGUUACUUGUAAUGUUUAUGACGUAUUACAUGUUCAUGAGGUCAAACAACACUUGGAGUCUUGCUAUAAAUUCUUUAGAGCAGACAUUACAAAGACAAGUUGUUGGACAGGAAAUAGCUAAUAAAAGAUUGAUAAAAUUACUUUCUGAUUAUUUAAAAUCUGAGGAAAGAAUCUUUUCAAGACCACUGUCAUUGCUGCUAGUUGGAGGAAGUGGAACAGGGAAGUCCCUAAUGUCUAAAAUCUUAGCUUCAUUUUUUCCUUUGGAUUCUGUCCACAAGCUUAUUAUUCCACUUCAUCUGAAAAAUACUCCCGAGUUCUCUCAGUUGCCAAGCUACGUGGAAAGAAUAGCUGCUGACGACAAACCUCACCUGUUCAUUGCUGAUGAUGCAAGCUCUUCUCUUCUUCAGAAGGUCCAGGAAAUAAUAGAUAGUUGGCCCCUUCCAAAAAGUUCUUUCCCUGUGAUAUUUUUAUGUAUCUCAAACAACCAGAAUUCUAAGCUGGAUGAAAUAGUGAUAAAUCACUUCCAUACGAAUGGUCAACGUAACAACAUACCUGAGAAAUAUCUAUAUUCAAAUCUUGAGAGAGAGAUUUUUGGUGUUUCGUCUAGCAAGCCUCAAAUCACCACCCAUGUAAUUCCCUUUCUUCCUUUACAAAGGCAUCAUGUUGAGCACUGUAUCAAAGAAGAGCUCCGAUCUCGAGGCGUAAUUGAUAAUCACUCUUAUAUUGUUUCAAAACUCUUGGAAGAAACAGAUUUUUUCCCACCAUCUAUGCCAGUAUUUGCUGUCACAGGAUGCAAAAGGAUAUCAAGAAGGGUUGAUUUGUAUUUGUUUUAAAGAAUCAAGCACAUAAAUCCAUAUUUUAAAAUAAUAUUUUAUUUCUGAAUAAGUAUUCAAGUUGUUCAACAAUUUCCUUGUUUCGUUGGUUUGUAAAAGUAAUUUGUUCAUAUUUUACAAUUCUGUUUCUUCGAAGAUUGUUUUCUUAAUUCAUAUUUAAGGCCAGAGAUUUUAAAGAAAAAUACAGAAAUGCUUUUUCAUGAAGUGUUUUUUUUAACUAUAGCGUAUAUAAACAAGGUUUUUUUUAAAUGUAAGAUUAAAAAAAAGCAACUUGAAUCAUUUCAAAUUCACAAAGACUUUAAACUUGAACUGUCAUUCUUUUUCUUACCUGGUUUUGUAAAGUGGUCUUCAAAGAAGAAAGUGCUGGCUAUUGCAUAACUAAAAUGGCAAGAUUUUAUUUUUUUAACUUAUAAUAACAUGGUUGAAAGGGAGAAAUUUUCUGUAAAACUAAACACAAUUUAUU